CCGUCCUCCCCUCUCUCCCAUGUUUCCUGACCCACACACACAUCAUGGGCUGGUAACAAACAUUAGGAUAACCUAGGGCUUGAUUUGCUCUUUUAACAGCCUAGCCUUGUUUUUUUCCCUUCCUGCUGGUACUUGGUUCCAGCUGGAAGUGUAUAGUUUUUUUCCUAUAUGCCACUUUAAGCAACAGGUGCCAUUUUUGUUUGCUUCCUUGUAGGGGGCCCUGGCACAAGCGCAAGUUUUAUUGGGACUCUAACAGGAAAGGCACAGAGAGCCAUUGCGGUGCUUUCGAUCGGGAAACUGUUCCGGACUGGGGGAAUUGACUCUUGAGAUUGUGUUUUCAGCCUGUUAGUGCAUGAGAGAGAUGGAAGCACGGUCCUCCACCACUACGACUACCAUAGUCGAGACUAAGAAUGACCUGAGCGCACAUCCCACACGUUCGUCAAAACGCACCUUAACUGAUGACCUGCACACUACGUUCAGCACCCCCAUGGCCUGGAUCCUCGUGCUGGCUCUCAUCGUAACCUGGUCGGCCGUGGCGGUCAUUAUGUUUGACCUGCUCGACAGCAAGGGUCUUGAAGCCCAUACAUUAUACUGUGACGACCCCUGUUUACCACCUGGACCUCAGCCACACCGUGUCAGGAAAACAUUUAAGGAAGCAGGCAGCCUUAGAGGGGGUAUUCAGCACAUCAGCUCUGAUCCCAUGAAGGCGGUGAACGAAGCCAUGGACGACUCAACCGAUUGGAUAACAUCAAUCUUGAAUUUUAUGACUAAUUUGGUAGCACCGGAAGAGGAGGAGGAGGAAGGUGAGCGUCAUUUUGUGAGGAAAAAAGGAGAAUUCUUGCCACCGAGAAAAAAGUUGCAGAGAUACGGGCCAAGGAGAUGUUAGAAGAGGAAGGGGAGUAUGAGGAGGAAGAGGAAGAGGACGAGGAGGAGGAAGAUGAGGGGCUUGCUGAAGAAGAGGAG